AUGCCGAAGAGGAAACGAAGAGGAGAUGAAUGCAUCCAAGAAUUAGAAAAGCAGCUACAGAAAUCAUUGAAACAGCAAGAUGAUCGAAAAGUAUGUGAUCUUUGUGUAGAACUUGGUGAUGAGUAUAGACGAGUCGGUGAUCAAUAUGAAGCAUUAUGUUAUUAUCGGAAGAGUGUGGAAAUUGCCGAAAAAUUAAAGAUUUACGAAAAUGCUGUUUUUGCUCAUCGAGCCAUCGCGGAAAUUCUCGUUGAUCCGACUAUUCGGGAAAAUACUAAAGCUUUAAAGCAUGGGAAGAAAUAUUUGGAAGCAGCGAAUAAAUCUGGAAAAGUCCACUUUAUCCAACUUGCAUAUCAUGUACUUGGCUGGCUUCAUCUACAAAUCUACCUGAAUUCAAAUGCAAAGCAGGAAUCGUUGCUAGAAAAAGCUAAACAGUGGUGUGAAAGAAGUCUUGCUUAUUUAUCAAAGCAUGCUUUGGAUAUUGAUUGCGAUAAAGACGCAGUGCAGAUUGGGCAAGAUUCAAGGUCAAGGAAGGCUCGAUUACAACAAGUGCUCUCGCAGAUAUGUGAUAAGAUGAAAUUACAAAGUUUAUCAUUACGUUAUCACGGUGCAGCAAUGGCUUAUGCAGUGCGUGCUGGUGAUCAUGACUUGCAAUACCGCUGUUUACUUUCAAAAAUAAAUUUUUCUGGCGACCAGCGUUUGAAAACAGCUAUUGAGCUAGUUCAUGUAGCAUCCAAUCUAGAUCAACAAGCAUCUUGUGAAGCGAAAUUCAUCUUAGCCCAAGAAAAAAUUAGAGCGAAAGAUUUUGUUGGUGCCAAAUGGGAUCUGAUUUCAAUGUUAGCUUCCAAAGCGCACGAAAAAUUGGACGCUGAAGAGCAAAGAUCUUUCUAUCAGAUAUUGAUAACAGCUUACAAAACGAUUGAACGAUUGAGAGUGCUGCCAGAUGCCGAUGAACAUUUUAAAAUGAAGAUUAAUGAAAAAGUUGCAGAUAGCUUGUGUGAGAUAGGAUUUUGUGAAAUAUCACUCGAGUAUUACAAGCAGAUGUUGACUUAUGCUUGCCAAACCGAAGAUAAAAUUAAAGCUCUGGUAUCAGUGGCAGAAACAGCCAAAGAGUUAGAUCGUUACGAAGAGGCAUUAAAUUGCUUUGUUGAAGUUGAAAAUCUUGAAAACACUUUAAAUAUUUCCAGUGCUAAGAAAGCGGAUACAAGUCUUUGCAUUGCUAGUGCUGCUGCUAAUAUUGAUUCUUUCACGCUGCAUGAAGUUCUCGAAUUGUUCCGAAAAUCAGAAUGUCUUGCUAUCUACAACCAUCAGAAAAAAACUUUGUAUGAAAACAUGUUGGCGUAUAUGAACGAAAAUGAUGUAGACAGAGAUUUACGUAUAGAAAUUGAGGCAAAACUUAUUAGUCUCGGUAAUGAUAAGGAAAAUGAUGGUAAGAGAUCAGAAAAUGUUGAGGAAACAGAUGAAAACUUUGUCGAUGAAUGGGAUGACUUGAGUGAUACACAAAUUUUGGCUCGUUGUUACGAAGAAGCGAACCGUCACAGUAUGGAAGAGCGCAUUCGCUCUGAGAAAGAUAAGAAAAUCAAUUUAUAUGGUGAAACACGUAUGCAUGAGGCUGCCCGCGGUAGCGAUACCCACCAUUUGAAAAUGCUUGUCGAAAUGGGAUAUAAUAUAAAUGCUCGCGACGAGGGCGGCUGGACACCGUUACAUGAAGCUGUUGGAGCGUUGAAACUCGAAAAUGUUCAUAUUUUGGCUCAGCUAGGUGCAAAUCUUAAUAUGCGUUCAAACGAAGGAACUUUAUCAGCUGAGGGUGAAAGAACGGAUAGUGGUGGUCUGACUCCAUUAAUGGAGGCAUGUGAUCGAGGUGCAACAGCAAUCGUUGAUUUAUUAUUGAAGUUUGGAGCGAACGUUGCUAUCAAAAAUCGUGAUGAUUGGACUGCGCUUGACUUUCUUCGAAAUGCAAUUAAAGUGGGAAUGGUUGAGGAUGAUGUUAUGAAGGAAGCGAAACGACUUGUAUCAGUCAUGGAAACUAAACUAAAGGAAGCGAAUAUAGUAGUAAAUGCUGAGCCACCGCCGAAAAAACUCAAAUUAAAUGAUAAGACAAAACCAAAAACAAAUUCAAGUGUUGCAUGUGGAAAAAUUCGCGAUUCAAAUUUAUCAAAUUUGAAUGAAUAUCGGAAAACGAUAGAUGUUGUCGGACGUGGAACAACACAUGAUCGGAUAAAUGUUUUGCUGGAUGGGUUGGAUGUUGAUGGUACUUCGUCUGAUGAGGAUGAAAAGGAUGAAAUGUGGCAAACAAGACAUUUGUCGCCAACAGUGGAUGGCUCACUUGUCGACAUUAAUGAUUUCACUGAAUCACCUUCUGCUCAGCAAGCUUCAUCGUCUUCAAAUUCUUCGCCUUCUUUAUUAAGCAAGCAGAAAAUUGCGGGGACUGAAACUGAAGAGAUCGCUCAGAUGAAACAAAAAUUUUUGGCUUGUGAUGAAUUAUCAUGUAAUUCUAAUUCUACUGCAUUACCUGAUCUUUUUACUGCUCCGGAAUCUAAUCAAAGCAAGCGAAACCGACGGAGCUUAAAAAGAAACUCUGAUGAAGAUUCAGAUGAGGAUGUAGUGAUCUCACGUCCAGCAGCGCAAAGCACACAAAGUAGAAACAUUUCAAGUACCGAAUUGAAACAUCCUAGACGUUGCAAUGUGGAAAACUCAACUAUUGUUAGAAGAGUGUCGUCAUCACCCUUCACGCCACCAAGUGUUAAAAAUCAAAUUUUCAUCAAAAUUAUUAUGACAAAGGAUGAUGGCACACAUUUAAAGACUAAAGGGAUGCCAUUUGCAAGUUCCUGCUUCAUAGGCGAUAUCCGAGAACGUUGCAAAGAAGAACUGAAAGGUGAUGUGGAGUAUACAUCGAUGACUAUAUGCCAUGAUGAUUGCGAACUGUCAGAUGAUACGCCAGUUGAGUUGGUACUAGGAGAUCAGAAAAUACUAAAGUGUAUCAUAAGCGGUUUGGCAAAACCGUCUGCUGCUCAAAUUUAUGCAAAACGGACGAGAAGAUUAAUGACAAAUGUGUUACAUGCACUCUCAGAAAGUACGAAUGGCUUUUUGGAUUUACGUGAAAUGAAUAUUGGUCAAGAUGAUGCAGUUUGCGCAGCUGUUGAAGUUUUGCAGUCAAAUAUACUAAAACUUUAUCUGGAUGGCAAUUCACUAUCAACAUCAUUUAUCGAUUUAAUUUCAAAAAUCGUCCGACAUCUCACGUCACUGAGUUUACCUUGUUGCGCAUUAAAAAGUAGGCACCUUCGACAAUUGAUUAAUGAUUAUUCUGUUUGUGAUGCAUUGGCCAAACUAGAUUUGAGUUAUAAUAAUCUCAGUGAUAAUGGUUCGGAUCAAGUGGUCACUUUCAUUAGCUUGUGUCCGAAUCUUACAGAUCUUAAACUUGCAUCUUGUAAUAUAAAUCGAAAUGUUACAAACUGUCUAAUACAACAGAUUAAAAAAAUAAUUUCUUUGGAAGUGCUGGAUUUAAGUUUCAACUCCGAAAUCAAUUCUGAUCACGCUUCAGAAAUAAUCCAUGCUUGUAGGAACUUAAAAUAUUUAGAUCUAUCAUGUACAGCUAUAUCCAAAAUGGACAAUAUGCCAGAAGUGGAGAGAAAAUUAGAAAUAUUCAAAUUAUCCCUCAAUAAUUUGAAUAAUCCAGAUUAUAUAAUACAAUGGUCCUUGGUAUACUGUCCAUAUAUGCUGUUUCUGGAUUUGUCUGCAACAACAGUCGUUUCUUCGAUUGUAGAAAUUUGUCUGAAAAUUAAGGCUGAUAAGAUGCCUUUUAUAACAGUUUUGCUGGCUGAUUGCAGCUUGCUUGAAGCGAAUCCGGAAGAAGUAGUUCAUAUUAUUAAAGCAGCCUUAAUUACAAGCAGUACAGUAAGGUUUCAGUUUAGCAGUAAAUUUCGUCGGAAAAUUGAAGAGAUGCUGCCAGAUUCGUAUAAAUUUUGUUUGAAAUGA